AAACUAUAUAGGGCUCUUGAUUUUCACAGGAAAGUGUACACAGAGCGUACAAUAUUAGAGAAAAAACAAUCAAUCCUGUUUACAUAUUCGGAUCCAAACUCACAUCGCUGCCGAUUGAUUCUCUACCCUCCUCAAAAUUCACAAACCAUAUUCUUUAAAAUCUUACAACCACCAAAUGCAUAGUGUUGCUCGAAAUAGUAGAGUAGAGAUGAGAGGUUCAAUGGUGGAGAGGUAUCAAAAACUAGGGCUAAAACACUCGUUGAAUCAACCUUAUCGUUACCCAAUUGCUUGUGAUGAGCUAAGCAUUAUUAUAAAAAAUGCGUAUUCCAAACUUCCCAAAAAUCUUCAAUCACUCAUCUUCCAAGACUCCCUCGCCGCUUUUCGCCUCCUCCCUCAAAUGCAGACACAAGCGGCUAUAUCAGCAGCACAGGGCCUGCUUCACAGCAUGGAAGCUGCAUUACCAAAACAAAAGAAAGCUUUAGCUGCAUCUGAAUUCAAACAGGCUAUGGUUACUCAUAGGAGGCGUAGGAAGGUCCAACUAGUGUUAGAAGGUAGGAGCCAACUUCCUCAGGAUGUCCUUGUGCACGUAUUUGGUUUCUUAGAUUUAAAGUCUCUUGUUACUGCUUCUUUAGUCUGCAGGUCGUGGAAUGUGGCAGGUAGUGACAACCAUCUGUGGCAGUGUAUACAUAUUAGUUUUUUCGGGAAGUCAAGUGACAACCCAAACAUUAUCAGGCUUACCUAUGAUGUGGAGAGAAUUUCAUUUACUCCGGCAAAUAUCACUGCAGCUAAUGUUGACUGGAAAGAUGCUUUCAAGCGAACUUAUAGAGGAAUUUCAAUAAAGGUAACAUCCCAGAGGGGCUUUUGCAAGCAGUGCAAUUCAAUUGUUUGGCUGAGUAACUCCAGGUGUUCCAAUGAAUGCUAUGGGAAAAUUUCUGAUGAACAUCAGACCAUGCCUGCGUCACUUGAACAGAUCGUUGAAUAUGUAACAGAGGAGUCGAUACCUUCCUUGGAUAGUGAUACUGAUUCAGAUGACUCAGUUGAUGGCUUGUGGGCCUAUCCCAGGAGAUGUAGUAGCAUGUAGAUGAUCCUUAUUAAUAUAUCAAGACAUACGCAAUCAGUUAAUUGGCUGGGGAUUUAAAAAAUGAGAUGAAGGCUUGUAAUUAAUAUCCACUUGUUCAAUGGCACAGUUUGAGAAUAUCAAUCAAAGGUAACAGUCAAUUAGCCUUCUC